GCCGCUCAGGCUGGGGUCUGCGCGGCCCCGCUCACGCCUGUCGCGAAUUCGUCCCACAGUCCGACCUCUGUGCAGCCCCUGGGAGCAGAGGACUUGCCUGUAGCCACGGCCGAGACGCUAAGCCAAGGGUGAAAGCUGCGGAGGGGAGGGAAGCAGCUGGGGCUUUCGAGAUCAGGAAGACGUCCCGACAGCGGACGCGGGGACUGUCCUCGGGCGGCGCAGGACGCGCGGCCCGCGCCAGCCUGCCGGAUGGAGGUGUGCAAGGACAGACGAGUGGCGCUAGCCGGGGAACUCGGCCCGGGAAGACUUCGGGAGCAGCGCGCGCUGGGAGCCCGACGGCGCAGGGGCCGCGCGGGCAGCGGGCGCUGCGCCGAGCCCGCCGCGCGCGGAGCCCCGUCCCUCCGCCCCGGAGGCGGAGCCUGCCGCCGGAAGCGGAAGCGCUCGCCGGUGCGGGGCGUUCCCGGCGGGAGCGGCGGGGCCAUGGAGCACGUGACGGAGGGCUCCUGGGGCUCGCUGCCCGUGCCGCUGCACCCGCGGGUGCUGGGCGCGCUGCGGGAGCUGGGCUUCCCGUGCAUGACGCCGGUGCAGUCUGCAACCAUCCCUCUGUUCAUGAAAAACAAAGAUGUUGCUGCAGAAGCGGUCACAGGUAGUGGCAAAACACUGGCCUUUGUCAUCCCCAUCCUGGAAAUUCUUCUGAGAAGGGAAGAGAAGUUAAAAAGGAGUCAGGUGGGAGCCAUAAUCAUCACCCCCACUCGAGAGCUGGCCAUUCAGAUUGAUGAGGUCCUUUCGCAUUUCACGAAGCACUUCCCACAGUUCAGCCAGAUUCUUUGGAUUGGAGGCAGGAACCCUGGAGAAGAUGUCGAGAGGUUCAGGCGACAAGGUGGAAACAUCAUUGUGGCGACCCCAGGCCGCCUGGAGGACAUGUUCCGGAGGAAGGAUGAGGGCUUGGACCUGGCCAGCUGUGUGAGGUCCCUGGAGGUCCUGGUGCUGGACGAGGCGGACAGACUUCUGGACAUGGGGUUUGAAGCAAGCAUAAACACCAUUCUGGAGUUUUUGCCAAAGCAGAGAAGAACAGCUUUCUCUGCCACACAGACGCAGGAGGUGGAGAACUUGGUGAGAGCAGGCCUCCGGAACCCCGUCCGCAUCUCGGUGAAGGAGAAGGGUGUGGCGGCCAACAGCACCCAGAAGACCCCCUCCCGCCUGGAGAACUACUACAUGGUGUGUAAGGCAGAUGAGAAAUUUAAUCAGCUGGUACAUUUUCUUCGAAAUCAUAAACAGGAAAAACACCUAGUCUUCUUCAGCACCUGCGCCUGUGUGGAGUACUAUGGGAAGGCUCUGGAGGCCCUGGUGAGGAACGUGAAGAUAAUGUGCAUUCAUGGGAAGAUGAAGAACAAGCGCAAUAAGAUCUUCAUGGAGUUCCGCACGUUGCAGAGUGGGAUCUUGGUGUGCACUGACGUGAUGGCACGCGGGAUCGACAUUCCCGAAGUGAACUGGGUUUUGCAGUAUGACCCUCCCAGCAGCGCCAGUGCCUUCGUGCAUCGCUGUGGCCGCACAGCCCGCAUUGGCCAUGGGGGCAGCGCGCUGGUGUUUCUCCUGCCCAUGGAAGAGUCCUACGUCAAUUUCCUGGCGAUUAACCAAAAAUGUCCCCUGCAGGAGAUGAAACUCCAGAGGAACACUGUGGACCUGCUGCCGAGACUCAGGUCCAUGGCCCUGGCUGACAGAGCUGUGUUUGAGAAGGGCAUGAGAGCUUUCGUGUCCUGCGUCCAGGCCUACGCGAAGCACGAGUGCAGCCUCAUCUUCAGGCUGAAGGAUCUUGAUUUUGCUAGUCUUGCUCGAGGUUUCGCCCUGCUGAGGAUGCCCAGGAUGCCAGAACUCAGAGGAAAACAGUUUCCGGAUUUUGUGCCUGUGGACGUUAAUACCGACACGAUUCCAUUUAAAGAUAAGGCUAGAGAAAAGCAGAGGCAGAAACUACUGGAGCAACAAAGAAAAGAGAAAACGGAAAAUGAAGGGAGAAGAAAAUUCAUUAAAAAUAAAGCUUGGUCGAAGCAGAAGGCCAAAAAGGAAAGGAAGAAAAAGAUGAAUGAAAAAAGGAAAAGGGAAGAGGGUUCUGAUAUUGAAGAUGAGGACAUGGAGGAACUUCUUAAUGACACAAGGCUCUUGAAAAAGUUUAAGAAAGGCAAAAUUACUGAAGAAGAAUUUGAGAAGGGCUUGUUGACAAGUAGCAAAAGAGCCACAACAGCAGAUCUGGGGAUCUCAGAUUUGGAUGAUGACUGACUGCUGAUUCCAGUGCCUCCGGUGAAGCACAGGUGGGCACAGCUGGCCCCACACUCAGGGGACACAGGAGUGUCCUGGAAGCUGUUCUGUCAACUGGGAGGCAAGGCAGGGACUUCACACCUGGGAAUUCCUCCCUAACAGCAUACCAGACUUGAAGUCCAAGAAGACAAUCUGAGUGUAAAUAAUAGAUGUGUUUAUUUUGGGGAGUCACCUGUAACCAAAGCGCUUUUUCCUGAAGUUAUUUUGUAUACCGAAGCAUACUUACUGUAGGCUUUUUAAAGUUCCUAAGGGUGCCUGUAGCCCCUGGACUUCACUAAUCCUCUGCCCUGCACAGAGCACCUGCAAAGGUGGGGAGUGUACCGGGAGUCAAGUCUCCAGUGCUGUUUCACUGGUGAACAUCUGGAGACCAGGAAACUAAUCAUUCUGGGGAUGAAUUAGUGAUGGUUUCCGUCUUCUGUUGAGUAUUUCGAGUGUAUCCUCAGCCAGUGCCUUCAUGUGGCAUGGCUGGUGACGUCUCACUGCCGUGACUGAUGUGUGGGGCCUAAGGUCAGCCUGUAGUAUUGAAGCAAAUGUAUCAAAAGCUUUCAUACAAUUUAUUUGAAAAGAUGCUGAAUUUGUUGCCAAAUAUACUUUUUAAAAGCUGUUUAUGACCAAAUGUGUUUACAGGAAAUUCACAUCUUUUACAGAUUCAGAACCUGUUUACAGGUACUGCGGCAGGAAGGUGUCUGAUGCCUGCGUGCCUGUGUUCUGGGUCCAGUGUUCACUCGCUGGCCAGGUCCUGUCCAGGGCAGGGAGCAGGUGCAAGCCAGCAGGUGUCCCUUGCCUUUCUCACAAGCUCCGCACGUGGCACACAUCCUGCCAGCUGCUGUCCCUUGGGGUCUGGCUGUGGUGAGGGCCCCUGCUUUUCAGCUGCCUUGCUUUCUUGGAUGCUUUUGGCAAAUCAGCCUAGAGUGGCACAAGAGAAAGGGUGCUGGACUUGGUCUUCCAUCGGGGCAGUGGCCAAUAAUCUAGCUAUUUCUGGACAGUGAAAGUUUCUGGAAGCUCUAUGCUCAUUUAGGUUUGGUUCUAGAACCAAGAGCACAUUUUUGAUGGGACUGAGAUGAGUAAAAAAGAUCCUCCAAGACUUGUGAUUGAAGUCCACAGUACACAGGUCUUCCACAGAAUGGUUCCUUCUGGCUCACAGGGGUCGAGGCUGCCUGUUCUGCCCCAGGCGCACAGGCUGGACGCUGGUGGAGGACCAGUAGUUACAGAUAGAGCUUGAUGAGUUCAUCGCUGACUGCUGAGGGUGUCAGCACACCCAGGUCUGUGAAUAGCAGGGUGAUUAGGGAAGGAGAGGUGUAGUCCACCCACGGGUGCUCCUCUCUGAGGUCCUGUCCAGCCUGGGCAGACUUCAGAGUAUCUGCCUUGUACUGAGGAGAGAAGAACCUGUGUUAGUCUGCGUGGCACAGCCAGCGAUCUGUGCUGCUGUCGGUGUGCUGGUCCCGAGGCUGCUCGGGCAGUGAGUCGGGGAGGGCAGACCUGCCACUGUGAGCCACAUCAUAGUGGCCUACCAGCCAAGGACGAAGCAAGCAAGAAACCUAAACCACAGGCCCCUCACAACUGCUGGGCUCCCUUCUCCGACCUCCCAAGGCAACCACUUAGAGUAGCCAUGGAGAGAAGCCCAGCCAGCCCUGCCAAAAGCUUCCCACCACCAUCAGGUAAUACCAUCCUGUUCCACAGAUAAGGAACUGAAGUUCAGCAAAGGGACUUGGUCAAGGCUGCGAGGUUUGUGAAAGGUGGAGGUGGAAGGUGCAUGGGCAGUGGACCCCAAGGCUGGGAUUCAGCUGCUGGCCUCCUGCCUUCUCUCCUGCGCAGAGUGCUGCCUGAGUGAACCAGGCUGAAGAGAGUGAAUUCUGGGGAAGGAGGUAUCCCUUCAAGUUCAGCAUAGACUCAAGGAUUCCUUCAGACAGGACAAUCUUACCUUAAAUUUAUCUGGGACGUCUUCCUGGUUUAGUGGGAAGAGCCGCACAAACUUGAAGCUUUCUGCAACUACAUAGAAGGGCUUGUUCUGUGCCUUGGCGCACACGGCCAUCUGGUGGCUCCCAAUCUGGGGGUCAGGAGGUAGAGGGUGAGCUCUGAGCACACUUGAACUUGGGAGCAACAGAAAGUGUAUAGACGAACAUAAUACGUGAUUCUUACUUAGGAAUCAGGACCCUUAAAAAAAGAAAAUAUUUCUCCAAAGAUCUGCGAAUGACCCUUAUGUAAGCGCAAAAAUGCUCAAUAUGGUUAGUUGUUGGGGAGGGAAACGAAAUGAAAACCACAAUGAGGUAUGCACACAGCUGCGUGUCCAUCAAGAAAACAGUACGCAGUGCUUGCUUUGGCAGCUUGGAUACUAAAAUUAGCAUUCCAUAUUAGUGUGUGUGUUAAAAAAAAAAAAAAGAUAGCUAGGCGUGGUGGUGCACGCCUAGAA